GAAUGGCCCAGCUGUGGACUUGAAGCUUCACGCCGUAACAAAAGUGGAUCUGGGAAAAAGGAACAGAAAGGCUGAUUGUCCAUGAAAAAUUGCACGAGGUAGCAUGAGGAACUCGUACUCCGUGCAGGCCGACGGCCAGAAAAAUGUCUCUAGUGAAUCUUUCAAGUUUGUUCCGGAGAAGAGGACAGAUGUCCAGAGCUUAGCGCCUUCGAACCAAAGAGCGCCGUCCUGCUGUCUCAGUGUGAGCAGCGUGUCCUACACAGUCAGUGAGCGCGUAGGGCCCUGGUGGGAUCUCCCAUCCUGCAGAAAGAAGUGGACGAGGCAGAUCCUGAACGAUGUGUCGUUUCACAUGGAUAGUGGUCAGAUAAUGGGCAUCCUGGGGAACUCAGGCUCUGGGAAGACCACACUUUUAGACACUAUUGCCGGUCGUAUUGGAAACACUGGCACCCUGAUUGGGGAAGUGUUUGUGAACGGAAGGAAAGUGAAACAAGCACAGUUUCAGGACUGUUUCUCCUAUGUUCUUCAGAGUGACAAUCUCCUGAGCUAUCUGACAGUAGAGGAGACGCUCACAUUCACGGCUCAGCUGGCUCUGAGGCAGCACUCUGCCAGUGCCAUCCGCAAAAAGGUGGCUGCUGUAAUGGCUGAACUAAGUCUGAGCCACGUGGCUAACACUGUGAUCGGAGGCCGGGUGUUUCCGGGUAUCUCAGGAGGAGAGAGGAGGAGGGUGUCGAUCGCUAGCCAGUUGCUCCAAGACCCCAAGGUUAUCCUCCUGGAUGAACCAACCACAGGCCUGGACAGCAUGACAGCCAAUCAGAUUGUAGUGCUGCUGGCCGAGCUGGCUAGGAGGGACCGUAUAGUCAUAGUGACCAUCCAUCAGCCCCGCUCAGAGCUGUUCAGAGUCUUCAGCAGGAUAGCUAUCAUGAGUUGUGGAGAGUUAGUGUUUUGUGGCGAUCCAGGCGAAAUGGUGGAUUUCUUCAGCAGCUGUGGCUAUGAGUGUCCUGAGUAUUGCAACCCAUUUGACAUAUAUGUGGAUCUGACUUCAGUGGAUACACGUUCCAGUGAGAGAGAAGCUGCCACCUACAGACGCAUGCAUGACAUAACCUCAGCAUACCGCAAAUCAGACAUCUAUCAGAGAAUGAUGUGGAAAAUUCGUCAGAGCUGUCAGCGUGCUAAUAAACCUAUGAUCCCCUUCAAGAGCAAAGAGUCCCCCAGCGGUAUGUCCAAACUGGGUGUCCUCCUUAGGAGGACAGUACGGAAUUUGUCUCGGGACAGGAUGGGCGUCAUCAUGCGACUCUCUCAAAAUCUCAUCUAUGGCAUGUUUGUUGCCUUCUUCGUCAUGAAUCUUGAUAAUGAUGUCGUCAAGGGUGCAGUGCAAGACCGGAUUGGGAUUAUCUACCAAGCCAUGGGUGCUUCGCCAUACACAGGCAUGCUGAAUGCUGUGGCUCUGUUCCCUGCUGUGAGAGCUGUAGCUGAUCAGGAGAGUAAAGAUGGAUUAUACCAGAAGUGGCAGCUAUUCCUGGCCUACAUCAUUCACAUCUUCCCCUUCAGUAUCAUCAGUGUAUUUAUUUUCACGUCUUUCCUUUACUGGGUUGUAGGGUUGUACCCAGAUCCUUGGCGCUUCCUUUGUUUUACAGCUGUGAUCAUGGUUCCCCACAUCACUGGUGAGCUUCUGACACUGGUACUGCUUGGAGUGGUUCAAGACCCCAACAUGGUUAACAGUGGAAUGGCGUUGCUCAACAUAGCUGGGAUCAUGGUCGGCUCUGGAUUUCUCAGGAGCACUCAGCAGAUGCCUUUGGUGUUCCAGUGGCUAAGUUACCUGACCUUCCAGAAAUAUGGCUGUGAGCUCCUCAUCGUCACUGAGUUCUAUGGCUUAAACUUCACAUGCAAUCCACCUGUGGGUUUUCCAGCAGGAUGUAUAAUAAAAGAUGGCAAUAUAAUUAUAGACCAACUUUACCCAGGAGCCCUCUCACGUUACACCCUGGACUUUCUUAUGCUUUAUGCCUUCCUGCCUGCCCUAGUACUGCUCGGGGUCAUCAGCUUCAAGAUCCGAGAUCGCCUUGUGAGACGCUGAGAUGCCAUGCGUAUAAAAGAGAUGAAUAUCCACAGUAAUAACCAAUUUGUAAAUACUGUGUUUUUGUCAGAUUAGAUAUUCUGUAAAACCUGAUCUUUAUCAAUACAACAACAAGACACUGCUUUAAUGGUCUGGAGGUUAUUCACCUUUUUGUGUUGCAUGACAGGUAAACUUUGUUGUUGCUGUUAAUAGAUAAAAUAUUAAAUGAUGAUUGCACGUGUAAGUGUUGCUAUUGCUAUUGUAUGUUUAUAAUAAAUGUGCAGGAAAAUGUAAAUGUGAAAUGUUUAUGAUAAUUUUUUUUUAUAGAAAACUGAAUGUCUAAGAGCCUGUAAUGUGUUAAAGCUUCAGUCAUAGUCAGUGUAACACUUUCACAUGUGGUCUUGUUUAAACUAGCAUAAGCAUAAACACAGUACAGAGCUAUUUGCUAGUUUUUGGAUUUGUUUCAAUUCCAUAUAUUAGAAUUAUUGAGAGCACAGUGCUUUUGAGUUCUUGAAUCUGAUUGCCAGCAUAUAUUUUUUUUAUGACAGCAGAGCCAGCUGUAAUUUAAAUUAAAGGUUUUAUAUGAAUGCAGAGACUUUUUAUGGUGGAUGAUCUACAAAAACAUUUUGAAUUUUUUUUAUUUGUUGAUAUAGUAAUAUGGUUUAACGGUAUGACUUCUUUAAGGAGAUGUAAUUUAAUGGAAUUAGUCUCCAGCAUUUUGUAACACUCACGGGUAAACACUAAAAGCUAUUUCUUUUACUGCUUUAACACAAGAAAA